GCCCGCUCCGACGCGGUGGUGCUGACCCACAACGUGUUCACCUUCAAGCUGGUCAAGCGCGCCGCGAACCCACAGCAGGUGGGCGGGUACGCGGCAGCCCUCGCUGCCGCGAUGGACACUGACGGAGGCGACGGCCCGCCAGUCCUCAUCAGGAAGGAUCACAGCGGCGACGACGCCGGCACUUCGGCAGAGAAGAGGGCCAAGCUCGCCGCCGCCAAGGCUGAGGCACGCCACGCCGCCCAAGGGGAGCGGGUCGGCCCAGCCGCCGUCGUCGGGGCGCACAAGCAGGAGGAGGCGGCCCGUGCCGCCCAGGGCGGAUCAGCUGGAGCAGAACAGCAACCAGGAGGAGGAGCGCAGGCCGUGGAGCCGAACCAGGCGGCGCUGUCACCUUCAGAGCUCGCCGGCGAGGGCAUCGACGGCAAGGCCGUCACGGAGGGCGAGCUGCAGGAGGCAAUGGCCGCCGCCGACGCGGAGGGAUUCUGGAAACCAUUUCACGAGGCUAAGCGCAAGAUAGCGGGGAACCAGCGCCGCAAGCGCGGCAUGAAGGUCAUCGCCGCGGCCGAGGGCCACAACUUCCAGGACUAG